UGUUUUGAUUCUGUCAACUGAUGUUCUGAUAGCUAGCUAGGUUAAGCUUUGCAAGUAAAAUCACAGACACACAAGUAGCAUUAUAACAUUUGCCCUUGACCAGCUACUAGUAUUUCAUCAGAUUCGUUUGCUAUUCAACCCGUGGAAGCUAACACAGCGCUGAUGAUGUCGUAAGGAGAGCUGUUUAGCAACUCAAGGAUGGAGGGUCAAGAGUCAUCCUGUUCCUCAGCUAGACCAGAGAGAAGCUCCAACACUCCAGAAACAGUCAGGUCCUCGACCUCCAAACACAGGAAGUCACCUAAGAGACGACGGGAGGAGAAGAGGCCCCAAUGCCACCAUCAGGAUGACCAGGAACACCUGUUGCUGCCCGAUGGCGAGCAAAUCAGGUUGCCGGUCCAACACGAACACUCCGAGCCCUCUGGGUCUUCAACGGCAGAGAUGGCAGAGACCUCCCCUAAGAGGAGAGCUCAUUUUCUCCAUGGACCAUAUCCUGCUACUCACUUUGGACCCAAAGCCUGUAUUCUUCCUAACCCAACCUCCGUCAUGCACAUCCAGGAUCCGGCCAGUCAGCGCCUGACGUGGAACAAACCACCUGUCAACGUUUUGGUCAUCAGGAAGAUACGAGACGAGAGCCUGGUAGAACCAUUCAAAGAACUCUGCCACUUCCUCGUUGAGGAGAAGGGUAUGCUGGUUUUUGUGGAGAGGAGGGUGGUGGCUGACGUCUCCCUGACUACGGACGAGACCUUCGCCACAAUACGAAAACAACUCUGUACCUUUAGAGAAGGUUAUGAUGACAUCUCUCACUGUAUUGACCUCAUCAUCUGUCUGGGAGGAGACGGGACUCUACUCUACGCCUCCUCUCUCUUCCAGGGCAGUGUUCCUCCAGUUAUGGCGUUCCAUCUGGGUUCUCUGGGCUUUCUGACACCGUUUAAGUUUGAAUCAUACAAGACAGAGGUGGCUAAAGUUUUUGAAGGUAAUGCAGCCAUCACACUGCGUAGUCGUCUGAAGGUGAAGGUGGUGAAGGACAUGCUCCAGAGGACAGGCCAGCCAGGCCAGCAGCAGUACCAGGGGUCUGGGGGCCAAGGCCAAGCUGGGGGCCAACCGGACACAGAGCACAAUGGCCUGCUGCCCCAUGGACACGCCAACAGCGAGGCUGGGAACAUUACCCUACAGAUGCAGGUUCUGAAUGAGGUGGUGGUGGACCGAGGCCCUUCCUCCUACCUGUCUAAUGUUGACCUGUACCUAGAUGGACGCCUCAUCACCUCUGUACAGGGAGACGGUGUGAUCGUGUCGACCCCUACAGGCAGUACAGCGUAUGCAGCAGCAGCGGGAGCCUCGAUGAUCCAUCCUAAUGUCCCGGCCGUCAUGGUCACACCGAUCUGCCCACACUCCCUCUCCUUCAGACCCAUAGUGGUGCCCGCUGGGGUCGAGCUGAUGAUCACCCUCUCCCCUGAUGCCAGAAACACAUGCUGGGUGUCGUUCGAUGGCAGGAAGAGACAGGAGAUCAGCCAUGGAGACUGUAUAAAGAUCACUACGUCGUGCUAUCCGGUACCAUCCAUCUGUUGUCAUGAUCUGGUGUAUGACUGGUUUGAGAGCCUGGCUCAGUGUCUGCACUGGAACGUCAGAAAGAAACAAGCUCGUCUGGCUGACGAUGUCUCAGACUCCUCAGAUACAGAGAACUGAACACAGACAGACAGACACACAAAAGUGCACAGGAAUUGAAAACACACAAGCACAUAAGAAUAUAUACAGUUGAAGUCGGAAGUUUACAUACACGUUGGAGUCAUUAACUCGUUUUUCAACCACUCCACACCACUAGUUUGGCAAGUCGGUUAGGACAUCUACUUUGUGCAGGACACAAGUCAUUUUUCCAACAAUUGUUUACAGAUUAUUUCACUUAUGUUUCACUGUAUUACAAUUCCAGUGGUUCAGAAGUUUACAUGCACUAAGUUGACUGUGCCUUUAAACAGCUUGGAAAAUUCCAGAAAAUGAUGUCAUGGCUUUAGAAGCUUCUGAUAGGCUAGUUGACAUCCUUUGAGUCAAUUGGAGGUGUACCUGUGGCUGUAUUUCAAGGCCUACAUUCAAACUCAGUGCGUCUUUGCUUGACAUCAUGGGAAAAUCAAAAGAAAUCAGCCAAGACCUCAGGAAAAAGAAUUGCAGACCUCCACAAGUCUGGCUCAUCAUUAGGAGCAAUUUCCAAAUUUCUGAAGGUACCACGUUCACCUGUACAAGCAAUAGUACGCAAGUAUAAACAUCACGGGACCACGCAGCCGUCAUACCGCUCAGGAAAGAGACGCGUUCUGUCUCCUAGAGAUGAACGUACUUUGGUGCGAAAAGUGCAAAUCAAUCCCAGAACAACAGCAAAGGACCUUGUGAAGAUGCUGGAGGAAACAGGUACAAAAGUAUCUAUAUCCACAGUAAAACGAGUCCUAUAUCGACAUAACCUGAAAUGCCGCUCAGCAAGGAAGAAGCCACUGCUCCUCUCGUCUGACGAAACAAAAAGAUAACUGUUUGGCCAUAAUGACCAUUGUUAUGUUUGGAGGAAAAAGGGGGAGGCUUGUUAGCCGAAGUACAUCCUCCCAACCGUGAAGCAUGGGGGUGGCAGCAUCAUGCUGUAGGGGUGCUUUGCUGCAGGAGGAACUGGUGCACUUCACAAAAUAGAUGGCAUCAUAAGGAAAGAAAAUGAUGUGGAUAUAUCACCACCUUCCGGAGACACCUGAAACCCCACCUCUUCAAGGAAUACCUAGGAUAGGGUAAGUAAUCCUUCUC